AUGGUGCCAACUUCUCUUAUUGACAUUAACAAUAAAUAUCGUUCUCAAUUGGAUUCGAAUGAUUACAAUCAAAUUUUAAUUCUGAAUAACAAUAAAAGUGAAAUAGAUUUCAAUUUAGUGAGUGAUGGUAGUACUGACAAUAAUGACCUAAGCCAUGAUAAUGAUAGAGACGAAAGAUACAACGUCAACAAUGGGAAUGCAUUUGUUGAAAGAGCGAAAACCGAUAUCUGCAACAGUAGUUCGGCAAGUGAAACAAGUAAUAAUAUGAACCAUACGAAAAUCAAUUUUGUUGCUGGUGAAGACAUCAAAAACAACACAACAAGAAAAUUAUCUCUAAAAUUUGAACAGACUUAUAUUGUUCUUAUUGGCUUUCACAAAAACCAGAUAAAUAAUAAUUUUUCUGAUGAUUUCUUGAAACAAUUGGCUUAUAUGCAAUACCCAAUUGAUAUUGAUCAUCAAAAUUAUAAAAUUAGAUUAUCAUCAAAUAAAACAAGAAAAUCAAUUACAACAGAUUUGAUACUUUUUUAUUAUAUCAGCACUAUUCUGUUACUCAACGGGAAGUUUUUAAGAGCUUCAAUUGAAGAUAUAAAUAAAUUCGGGUUUUCAAAUCUAUUUAGAAGAAUCAUAAUUGAGAAUUUUAAAAUAAAUGAAAGUCUAAAUUUAAUAAGUUUCACGCCCAAGAUUCAUAUGAAAACAAGUGAUUAUUUUCUUUUGCCUAAACAAAAUAAGAAAUACCAAUCAUCAACAGCUGAUUUAGACAUUCGACAACAGCAUACUAGUUCAAACUCAUCACCAUUAAAUCUUUCUCAUAGCAAUAAAAACAACAACAUUUACUCUAACAGAAAUAAUUUUAAUUAG